AUGUCCUCGCCAGAGAAGGUCGACAAGGGCGGGGACUCGCCUAACAAAGUCCAUAUCCCGGAUGUUGAGAAGGUCAACUCGACAUGGAACGACCCAGCCGACAUACCAGCCGAUCUUGAGAAGCGCAUUACCCGAAAACUUGAUAAGCGUCUCAUGCCAUGGCUCUUCGGUCUAUGGCUCCUGGCCUUCAUCGACAGAAGCAACAUCGGAAAUGCCAAGAUCGACGGCAUGACAGAGGACCUGCGACUUGAUGCCAACAAGUUCAACAUCGCUUUGGCCGUCUUCUACGUGCCGUACAUUUUGUGGGAUGUCCCGAGCAACCUCGUCAUCAAGUACUUUAAGGCUGGGUAUUAUCUGCCCGGUCUGCUGAUUGCCUGGGGCUUUGUCUCGAUGUGCACUGGGUUUGUCAAGAGCUAUGCUGGGCUUCUGGCUGCACGCUUCUUCCUUGGGCUGGCCGAGGGUGGCUUGCUCGGUGGCAUGUUGGUCUAUCUUGCCAUGUUUUACCGGCGGCACCAGAUGCUCUAUCGCAUAACCCUUUUUUACUGUGCCGCACCUUUAAGCGGUGCUUUCGGUGGCCUUCUCGCGACUGGUCUCGCCCAGAUUCAUACCGAAGGCUUCGACGGCUGGCCUUUCAUCUUCUUCGUCGAAGGCGCCAUAACCAUCAUCUUCGGCGUCGCUGUGCUCUUCUUUCUCCCACAUACACCCAGCGAUAUCAAGUUCUUCACCCCAGAAGAGAAGGAAGCCUGUAUAGCGCGUAUGCGUCUUGACGCCCAUGGUGCGGCUGCCGCUUCUACCGUUGAAGAAGAGAGGUUUGACUGGUUCUGGGUCCGUCGCGCUCUCCUGAACGUCAACACAAUCGUCCUUUCCCUCGCCUUCUUCGCCAUUAUCACACCUAUCUACUCCUUCUCUCUCUUCCUGCCGACUAUCAUUCGAUCAAUGGGCUACGGGAGGGUGACCGCGCAGCUCUUCACCGUCCCGCCGAACAUGGGCGCUUUCUUCGUGGUCCUUUUCACCGGCUGGACGAGCGACAAGUGGCAUAUGCGGGGGCCCCUCAUGCUCGUUGGAUCGGAGCUUGAUACAAUAUGGUGGGACGUUUCUGGUUGCGGCGGGCAUCUUUCCGUGUAG